CUCACUGCAACCUCCACCUCCCGUGUUCGAGAUUCUCCUGCCUCAGCCUCCUGAUUAGCUGGGACGACAGGCAUGCCACGACGCCCAGUUAAUUUUUGUAUUUUUAGUAGAGACGGGGUUUCGCCAUCUUGGCCAGGCUGGUCUAACUCCUGACCUCAGGUGAUCUGACUGCCUCAGCCUCUCAAAGUGCUGGGAUUACAGGCAUGAGCCACUGCAUCUGGCCAGAAAUGAAAUAAGUAACUCUUUUAACCUGCUCUAACAAUAUAGUGAAAAGACCAUAUUAUUAUUAGAGCAGGUUAAGGGAUUUGCCUAUUUCGGGUUGUAGUUAUAGUCUCAAACUUGGACAUUCUUGUAGAAAGUAAAAAGUUUCCUCUUCAAAGUUCCCCUUCUUGUUAAAGAAUACAUCAUAAGUGUUAGAAGUAAUAGUUUCUUUUAAAGACUAACUUUCUUCAAGCCUCCUUGCUUUGUGCUAAUAACUCUUUGUUAAGCCCUAUCCUAUGUAACUGUUGGACAUGCUUACAGGCACGUUCCAGUUCACAGCCUAUGCCCCUUCCUUAUUUGGAAAUGUUAUUGCUUCCUUAAACCUUUCGGUAAGCAACUUCCUCUCCUUCUUCGUUCUUCCUUGCACUUAUCUAUUUAGAAAGUUUUAGGCUAUUAGCAAAUCGGCUAUCAGUUUAAGAGUGUGAGGUCCCGCUCCAGCCAAUGGAUGCAGGACAUAGCAGUGAGGACGACCCAAAUGCGUAAGGGAUAAAUAUGUCUGCUUUUCCUUUGUUCAGUUGUGCUCUCGACAUUGUUCCAUCUGCGAUUGAGCACCCUUUCUGCAGAAAGUAAAGAUUGCCUUGCUGAGAGAUCUUUUGUCUCCGUGCUGACUUUUCUUCGUGGCACCGACUAUCUAUUUCUAACAAUUUUGGUAUUUCUAACAUUCUGAACAAUCUUGGGCUAGUUGUCUCUUCUGGGCCUGUUUCCCCAUCCGUCACAUGAUAAACUUCAUUGGUUUAAAAACCCCAGCGAACAUUUAUUGAGUUACUAUUACCUUCCUGCCCUCCCCAACCCCAACCCCAGGGAGCGGUUACAACCUCAGCCGCUGAGCGCACUCGCCGGGUGUUAAGAAGCACCAAAGACAGGGAGGCUUGAUUGAUUUUGCUUUGGGAGUAGAGGGUCAGAAGAUUCACAGGAAAAUGGCAUUUGAGCAAGGAUGAUUCACUGGAGCUAGCUUUUAAAUACUGGCGAGGCUUUUAUGUUGCAGUCCCUUACAAAGUUGAGCAUUCGCAGGGACUGCACUCCGAAAUAAGCCCGCUUCCCCUUUUCAUUCGCUAAUGAUCCAGGGAGCUGCUGGUUCCGCAUGCAGCAGGUUGUGCCUUUUCCUAAUCAGGGUUCUGCAUCGCCUCGAACCCGCAGGCCGUGGCGGGUUCUCCUGAGGAAGCAGGGGCUGGGGUGCAGGGUGAAGCUGCUCGUGCCGGCCAGCGCCUGUGAGCAAAACUCAAACGGAGGUGCAGGAGAGGUCGAGCUGGAGCGUGGAAGGGUUGGCCCUGCUUUUAGAAGGGCACAAUUUGAAGGGUGCCCAGGGGCCGGAAGCCGGGGACCUAAGGCCCGCCCCGUUCCAGCUGCUGGGAGGGCUCCCGCCCCAGGGAGUUAGUUUUGCAGAGACUGGGUCUGCAGCGCUCCACCGGGGGCCGGCGACAGACGCCACAAAACGGCUGCAGGAACGGUGGCUCGCUCCAGGCACCCAGGGCCCGGGAAAGAGGCGCGGGUAGCACGCGCGGGUCACGUGGGCGAUGCGGGCGUGCGCCCCUGCACCCGCGGGAGGGGGAUGGGGAAAAGGGGCGGGGCCGGCGCUUGACCUCCCGUGAAGCCUAGCGCGGGGAAGGACCGGAACUCCGGGCGGGCGGCUUGUUGAUAAUAUGGCGGCUGGAGCUGCCUGGGCAUCCCGAGGAGGCGGUGGGGCCCACUCCCGGAAGAAGGGUCCCUUUUCGCGCUAGUGCAGCGGCCCCUCUGGACCCGGAAGUCCGGGCCGGUUGCUGAAUGAGGGGAGCCGGGCCCUCCCCGCGCCAGUCCCCCCGCGCCCUCCGCCCCGACCCGGGCCCCGCCAUGUCCUUCUUCCGGCGGAAAGUGAAAGGCAAAGAACAAGAGAAGACCUCAGAUGUCAAGUCCAUUAAAGCUUCAAUAUCCGUACAUUCCCCACAAAAAAGCACUAAAAAUCAUGCCUUGCUGGAGGCUGCAGGACCAAGUCAUGUUGCAAUCAAUGCCAUUUCUGCCAACAUGGACUCCUUUUCAAGUAGCAGGACAGCCACACUUAAGAAGCAGCCAAGCCACAUGGAGGCCGCUCAUUUUGGUGACCUGGGCAGAUCUUGUCUGGACUACCAGACUCAAGAGACCAAAUCAAGCCUUUCUAAGACCCUUGAACAAGUCUUGCACGACACUAUUGUCCUCCCUUACUUCAUUCAAUUCAUGGAACUUCGGCGAAUGGAGCAUUUGGUGAAAUUUUGGUUAGAGGCUGAAAGUUUUCAUUCAACAACUUGGUCGCGAAUAAGAGCACACAGUCUAAACACAGUGAAGCAGAGCUCACUGGCUGAGCCUGUCUCUCCAUCUAAAAAGCAUGAAACUACAGUGUCUUUUUUAACUGAUUCUCUUGACAAGAGACUGGAGGAUUCCGGCUCAGCACAGUUGUUUAUGACUCAUUCAGAAGGAAUUGAUCUGAAUAAUAGAACUAACAGCACUCAGAAUCACUUGCUGCUUUCCCAGGAAUGUGACAGUGCCCAUUCUCUCCAUCUUGAAAUGGCCAGAGCAGGAACUCAUCAAGUUUCCAUGGAAACCCAAGAAUCUUCCUCUACACUUACAGUAGCCAGUAGAAAUAGUCCCACUUCUCCACUAAAAGAAUUGUCAGGAAAACUAAUGAAAAGUAUAGAACAAGAUGCAGUGAAUACUUUUACCAAAUAUAUAUCUCCAGAUGCUGCUAAACCAAUACCAAUUACAGAAGCAAUGAGAAAUGACAUCAUAGCAAGGAUUUGUGGAGAAGAUGGACAGGUGGAUCCCAACUGUUUCGUUUUGGCACAGUCCAUAGUCUUUAGUGCAAUGGAGCAAGAGCACUUUAGUGAGUUUCUGCGAAGUCACCAUUUCUGUAAAUACCAGAUUGAAGUGCUGACCAGUGGAACUGUUUACCUGGCUGACAUUCUCUUCUGUGAGUCAGCCCUCUUUUAUUUCUCUGAGUACAUGGAAAAAGAGGAUGCCGUGAAUAUCUUACAAUUCUGGUUGGCAGCAGAUAACUUCCAGUCUCAGCUUGCUGCCAAAAAGGGCCAAUAUGAUGGACAGGAGGCACAGAAUGAUGCCAUGAUUUUAUAUGACAAGUACUUCUCCCUCCAAGCCACACAUCCUCUUGGAUUUGAUGAUGUUGUACGAUUAGAAAUCGAAUCCAAUAUCUGCAGGGAAGGUGGGCCACUCCCCAACUGUUUCACAACUCCAUUACGUCAGGCAUGGACAACCAUGGAGAAGGUCUUUUUGCCUGGCUUUUUGUCCAGCAAUCUUUAUUAUAAAUAUUUGAAUGAUCUCAUCCAUUCGGUUCGAGGAGAUGAAUUUCUGGGCGGGAACGUGUCGCUGACUGCUUCUGGCUCUGUUGGCCCUCCUGAUGAGUCUCACCCAGGGAGUUCUGACAGCUCUGCAUCUCAGUCCAGCGUGAAAAAAGCCAGUAUUAAAAUACUGAAAAAUUUUGAUGAAGCGAUAAUUGUGGAUGCGGCAAGUCUGGAUCCAGAAUCUUUAUAUCAACGGACAUAUGCCGGAAAGAUGACAUUUGGAAGAGUCAGUGACUUGGGGCAAUUCAUCCGAGAAUCUGAGCCUGAACCUGAUGUAAGGAAAUCAAAAGGAUCCAUGUUCUCACAAGCUAUGAAGAAAUGGGUGCAAGGAAAUACUGAUGAGGCCCAGGAAGAGCUAGCUUGGAAGAUUGCUAAAAUGAUAGUCAGUGACGUUAUGCAGCAGGCACAGUAUGAUCAACCGUUAGAGAAAUCUACAAAGUUAUGACUCAAAACUUGAGAUAAAGGAAAUCUGCUUGUGAAAAAUAAGAGAACUUUUUUCCCUUGGUUGGAUUCUUCAACACAGCCAAUGAAAACAGCACUAUAUUUCUGAUCUGUCACUGUUGUUUCCAGGAGAGAAUGGGAGACAAUCCUAGACUUCCACCAUAAUGCAGUUACCUGUAGGCAUAAUUGAUGCACAUGACGUUCACACAGUGAGAGUCUUAAAGAUACAAAAUGGUAUUGUUUACAUUACUAGAAAAUUAUUAGUUUUCCAAUGGCAAUAACCCAUUUAUGAGAGUGUUUUAGCCUACUGGAAUAGACAGGGACCACAUCCUCUGGGAAGCAGAUAAGCAUAGAACUGAUACUUGAUGCACACUCGUAGCGGUAACUCAUCCCUAACAGCAUGGUAAAGCAGGUGCCAGAGGUGCUUUGCUUUGUCCUUCCAAAGCAGGUGAGUCAGCCCCACCGAGAGCCAGGCAGCUUUGAGUGGCAGCGUGGUGCUAGCAGCUUCAGUGGAACAGGGUGAGAGUUAAUUAUGCAGUCUUCUUGACAGCGGCAUUAAUUUGGAAGGAAACUGACAAGUCAUGGGUCAAGUUUCAGUGACUUCUUCCUUCCUCUGAUGGCAGUAUACAGUUUUCACAUUUUAAUUCCUCCUCCUGAGAUGCACUAUACUUAAAACCAUUCUCUCCCCUGCUAACAGAAGGGUGUGAAUCUGGUUUACUUUGAGCAUUAGGAUUUGCCCCUUUGGAAUUCUGCACUCCAGUUACUUAACUUUCCCUUCAGAAUACAUGUGGAAAGAAAGAAAGAAAUAGCGAUGACUCCACUUUUGCCCCUGUGGCACCUUGAACAAAGCAGUUCUUCCCAAAUUAUACUUUUUUUUUUUUUAAAUAAGGUGAGCAGGAUGACUGGGGAGAGAGAAACAUUUGACUUUGACUGCCUCCCCCAUUCUUUGCUGUGAGCUGGAAAGUGUGCAGUUGGUCGUCUUUCUUCUCCUUUCUUUAGGAUAGUAACAGACUCACUCACUGCACUUCUGCUCAGUUGGCUUCUGCAUCGGGAUCGCACAGCCAUCAGCAGGACUGCCCAGUUGGUGAGCACACUCCAUUGACCACGUGGCGCCAGCGCUUCCUCAAUGCACAUGAUUGAGAGGAAAGAAAGUUCUCUUAGAUGUUACUGCUUUUGCUCAGACUUUGCAAAAAAAAAAAUAUAUAUAUAUAUGUAUAAAUAUAUAAUUAUUAAUCACUUUUGUCCUUGAGAAAGUCUUGAAUGAACAGAGAAUUUAUUCCAUUGCAAUAUUUGAUUGUAUAGAGGCACACUGUUUCAUCGACAGAAGAAGCAAAAAGGCUUUGUGUAAGUUUUUGGUACUAUGUACCACCUCUGUUAUUCUUUUAAAGCUGAAGUAUUCAUGUACUUAAACCAUAUUAUAUUUAAUUGUGUUUGAUUUUAAAAUAUAUAUAUAUGAAUUCUAUUUAAAA